AUGGCACCCGGUAUACUCAAUUCCGACGGUUCAAUGGACGACCAGCACGCCGGCACCGCCGCCGGGCGUCUUAACGCUCUGGACGCCACCGUAGAUACCCUCACUCUCCUUCGAAGCUUGCCUGAGCCUCCUAUAGAGUCCCAGGUAUGCGUUGUCGGCGCUGGACCUGCCGGUCUCAUGCUGGCGGCCAACCUAGGCCGUAUGGGUAUCAAGGUUGAGGUCAUUGACGACAGAGCCGAUCAGACGCCUGUUGGAAGAGCAGAUGGACUCCAGCCCAAGACCAUCGAGACCUUCCGCCAGAUGCGCCUGGCCGAUCCUUUGUUGCAACGAGGCGUCCGAGUUUACGACAUUUCCUUCUGGCGAAGCACGGCCGAUGAGCCUCUCCACAGACUGGGCCGCGAGAUUCACUACCCUCCCAUAAUUGACGUGCUGGACCCCUACAUUCUUUUGGUCCACCAGGGCAUGGUUGAGGGCAUCUUCAUAGAUGACCUGAAGAAGCGCGGAGUUGAGGUACGGAGGAACACGGCGUUCGAGUCCUACAGCGUACCGGAAAACAAGGCCGGGCCCCUCCAGGUCAAUUGUCGCACGAACGUCACCCAAGACAGGCGGACCAUUUUGACGCAGUACCUAAUUGGAUGUGACGGUGCCCACUCAAAGGUUCGUAAGAGCAUCCCGGAUGCGCGGGCCAUUGGUUUGUCGCAGCCCGCCAUCUGGGGUGUUCUUGACGGCGAGCUGAUUACCGACUUUCCUGAUAUCUGGUCCAAGACAUUAGUCUACUCCCAGGAGUACGGCUCGAUUCUGAUUAUUCCUAGAGAGAGGAACAUGACCCGCUUCUACAUUGAGCUCAAGGCGAACCCCAAGGCCGACAAGCGAGAGCUUGGCCAGGAGUUCGUCAUGGCUCGCGCAAAGAAGAUUAUGGCUCCGUUCGAGGUUGACUGGAAGUACAUUGAGUGGUUUGGUCGCUACCAGAUUGGUCAGAGAGUGGCCAGCCGGUUCUGCGACUCCCACCUGAGGGCCUUCCUUGCCGGCGAUGCCAGUCACACGCACUCCCCGAAGUCUGCUCAGGGCAUGAACACCUCGAUGCACGACUCCUGGAACUUGGCAUGGAAGCUUAACCUGUCCAUUCGCGGACUUGCGAAGCAAGCUCUUCUCGAAAGUUACGAGGAGGAGCGAAGAAAGAUCGCUGUGGACCUCGUCAACUUCGACUACGAGCAUGCCAACCAGAUUGCCGGUGGUGACGCUGUUGCACUGGCGGAGAACUUCAAGACGAACGUCCGUUUCAUCUCUGGUAUCGGUGCCGAGUAUGCGGAGAGUCUUCUGAACAGAUCGGAUCCACAGGGCCUCGUUAUGGGAGACGCCAGACCCGGUUGCUUGCUCCCUCCCGCCAAGGUCACCCGCUACAUCGACUCCAACCCCGUUGAUAUCCAGCUCGACAUUCCAAUGCUCGGCCAGUUCCGCAUCUAUCUCUUGAUGUGGGAUAUUCAGGCUUCCAGCCCUUUCCUCGAGACAUUCUGCCAGUCAAUCGCCUCUGCCAACUCCUUCAUCAGCAAGCUCUCUGCGUCUGCGAGUGCGUCAUAUGCCGCGCAGCCCAGGCUGCCAUCUCCCGAGGAUAUUUACUAUCGACCCGAGCGAUACACAGCCGUUAGCCAUCUCUUCACAUUUGCACUGCUUACCACCAUGCCGAAGGCCGAUGUGGAGAUCUCAGACCUGCCAGCCCUGCUGCAGGACAGCCGCUGGACGUUCUACCUGGACGACAUCCCAGAACAGGACACGCGCGGCCAGCUCUGCACCAACAAGUGGCUCGGCAGCCUCGGCCCUGGCGAGGUUGCCAUCGUCAACGUACGACCCGACGGCUAUGUUGGAUCCGUCGGCAGGUGGGACUCGAGCAUGGAUGACGCCGGCGAGGAGGCUGCCCGCUGGCUUGAUACUUACUACGACGGCUUCCUUCAGCUGCCCAACGGCGGCGCCUCCCCCACCCCGACAGCAACCCCCAUGGCAGUCUAG